AGGAGUAUUGAAAAUGAAGGCAGUUGAAUGCGGUGGUUUGGUUAAGAAGCUGUCCAUUAACCGUGUGAACAUCGACGCAGGCGUGUCUGCAUCUCCCACGACCUUGCUUUGACGGACAUGGAUUGACACUCGCUUCCCGCCCCUCCCAGCUGAUGUGCAACUUGCAAUAUUUCCCCCCCACCACCACGUGGUGGGAAGCACAUGGUCUUCGAAGGGAGGAGCUUCUUUUUCUCUGUGCCCGCCCCCCAGCGCCCUCCAGCCAAUGGGAAGCGAGGGCUAAGGUGGCUGGUGUCUCAACGUUCUGAGCCGGCUGGGGAACAGCUGCUGGGGGGGCCGCCGCUGCGGGCCUGGGAGGCUCCGAGCAGGGCUGGUGGCCUCAGACCAUCCGAGGCUGGUGAUUCAUGUGAUUUCCAGCACAUGCUGUGCAGAUGGUUUUCUGUCUAUUACAGACCACUGCUGGAGUGGGACCUUUGCAUAGAGAAGUCGGCCCGUUUUGCUGUAGUGGCUGUCCCUGACGAUCUGAGUGGAUCUUCCCGGUACACCAUGGCACGGCAUAGCAAGCUCCAGAAGCAAGUCUUAAGCUUGUACAGACAGUUCCUACGAGCCGGCAAAGAGAAGCCGGGGUUCUUACCUCGGAUACAGGCCGAGUUCCGGAAGAACGCCAGCAUCCCCCGGAUGGAUGUUAUGCACAUAGAGUAUCUCGUCCGCCGCGGCCAGAGGCAGCUGGAGCAGCUCAGAGACGUUAACACGAAACAAAUGGGCACCUUUGUCAAAACCAAGCCGGAAGAGCGGUGACCCCUGCUGGCUGACGUAGGCGGCUUUCUUGUACUGGGACAGUUAGCGUGUGAAUUCAGAGACGUGCCUUCCAGAUUCUCACAUCCUCGUGCGCCCCUUUCUGUUUGCACAUGGGUCCGAUCACAGUGAAGGAAAACUAUCCAGUCGGUGCAAUUGUCCUACCUGGAUUGGAGUUCACUGGGAUAAAUGAAGCCUGGUUUAGGUGUCUCUACAUGAGGGAGCCACUAGAGGGUGCAUUGGAGAAGCUGAUCUCUAUAGUUCUAAGCUUUUUAAUAAUUCAAGUGUAGAUGGAUAUCUGGAGGUGACGUUCUUGUUUCCAAUACCUGGGACAUAAUCCGUUCCUACCCCUGUUGCCUCCUCUAUUCUCAAACAGGCAGAUUACCCAGAAAAAUAAAAGAAAGGGACAGUGGUGGGUUGAAA